UUAAAGCAGAAUUUUGUAGGUUAGUCAUCGUGUACAAUGGCAGCAAAAUUAUGGAAGAGAAUACAUAAAAUCAGCACAACAACCUUAAUUUAUCACCAAAAUUAACCUGAAAGCAUCUGCACCGGCCGCACUCUUGAUAACAGAGAUAACGCUAGCACACGUUACCUGGCUUGUAAAAGAAUAUCGUUUCCCCUCCUCGAUACUGUCGGCUUUAUUCAGUCUGCUGCUCGGUACGACGCGGCCCGGUCGCGCCAGUUCGCCGCUCGCACGCACGAACGAACCCGAACUUGAAAUCGAAUUUCAAAUUCAUAAUUGGAAUAUCUAGGACUGUGUUCCAUAAGCGGACAGGAUGCUUAAUAGUGACAUUUCGUGACCAGCAUUGUGAUUCUCAAGAACAAUAGUGCGGUGAUCGGUUAUACUCAUUCAUCUUGUAAGGAAAAGCCGUGAUAUUUCUUAUAAACAAUAGCUUACUUAAGUUACCGAUGUCUAUCGAUAGCUGUGAAUGACUUGAGGAAGUCGUUUCUAGUUCCGAUAUGAUAUACCUGCUAAAUUGAAUUCUAUUGUGAAGUAAUUGUACUACGACGGAAAUAAUAGUUUUAAUGGUUUUGCUAAAUUCAGUGUAACAGACAAUUAUCUGGUAACCUUGCUUGAGGUUAAAUGAUCCGUAAUCAAGACCUACCUACGUAGGUAAUGUUUGUUGUACCUGCAAGCCAAAUUAUGGUGGCAUUGAUCCAAAUUGCGCUGGACCGGAUGGCAUUAUAGAUGUGAUACAAAAUAAGCCAUCAACGUUCAAGAUCCACAUUGAAGUUGAUUUUCAGAAGUGCUCAACAGACACGAUGACUCGUACCUCUAUAAAAUAGAAACAAUGCAGUUAUCCUAAUGAACAUACAGAUUUGGAAAUAGAUAAAACAACAAUUCUAAGUGAUUGUAAUAAAACUAAUAAAGAUGACGAUGCUGGCCGUGAAAAACUUCUUCAUGCCGGAGAAGAGGGUGGACUCCCCGAGGUUCUCGCGGAUGCCGGAGGCUCUCAUGAGGUCCAUCCGGCGCCGGUCGCUGCGGGUCAAGAGGACCAAGUCCUUGGUCCUGGUCAGCGAGAAAAGGAAAUCUGAUUCAUUUGUUAACAGUCAAGAAUGGACGGCUUCCCGAGGGGUCACAGAACUGCGGGUUGGUGUCCUGGGAUCCCCGGACAGUGGCAAAUCGGCGCUGGUACACCGAUAUCUGACGGGGGCAUACAUGCAAGAAGAAAGCCCAGAAGGUGGGCGAUUCAAAAAAGAAGUUAUUAUCGACGGACACAGUUACCUGCUUCUAAUAAGGGAUGAGGGUGGAUCACCUGAAAUGCAGUUCACGGCUUGGGUGGAUGCUGUAAUCUUUGUUUUUAGUCUUGACAACGAGAUCAGUUAUAACACAGUCGCUAGCUACUUUAACAAAAUGUCUCACUAUCGAAAUUCCUCUGAAAUUCCCAUCAUAUUGGUGGGAACACAAGAUUCCAUAAGUGAAAGUAGUCCACGCGUCGUGGAUGACAACCGAGCCCGCAAGCUGUCGAACGAACUGCGAAGAUGUUCCUACUAUGAAACAUGUGCGACGUACGGCUUGAAUGUCGAGCGUGUCUUCCAAGAUGCGUGCCAGAAGAUAGUUGGUUCGAAGCUGUCGGCAUCAUCCCAGUGCUUGUCGGGAGGCUCCCGACCCGUCACCCCGCAGCCUCCCAUCGCCAACUCCCCAAGUCACAACCACUCCACAUUCCUCUAUAAGGAUUCGCUACCGCGUGGACACCACACACUGUCAUCAUCAUCACAUCACCUGCACCGAGGCGCUCAGUCCUUCGACGCAUCAUCAAACAGCAGCGGCAUCUCGUCCACACACGUCGUGGAAAUACACAGCGCAAAUGGAUCGGACACAUCAUCAAGAUGGGGCAACUCCCUCGGCAGCCAUGGCUCUUCAUCAGGGCUCGUGUCUAUAGCCACCGAGAACAAUAAUGUUAAAUUCACCGCACCCCACUGCCUCGAUAACUUGCAGCCAGUUAUCAAAGACCCUAAAGAUCUGCCCACUCCAUCGUCGACACCCACAACGUCACGGAAGUCUCGGCGGAGAUCUAACCUCUUUACUCCAUCAAAGAAAGGAGAUGAUAGACUGAAGAAUGGGGAGCUGGGCUCAGGAAGGGCCAUCCCGUUGAAACAGGGUUAUCUGUACAAAAAGAGCAGUAAAGCAUUGAAUAAGGAAUGGAAGAAGAAAUAUGUGACGCUAUGUGAUGACGGGAGACUGACGUAUCAUCCAAGUUUACAUGACUACAUGGAGGAUGUGAACGGCAAGGAGAUAUCCCUGCAGUACGUGACAGUGAAGGUUCCUGGCCAGAAGCCGCGGGGGUCUAAGUCCAUCAUCACGACGGUGCCGGGGUACAACGGGUACAGCAGUCUCGAUAUACACGACAGCAUUGGAGGACUUUCGCUAGGAUACAAAGACAAGCCAACCAGAGCAACUGACAAAGCGCUCAUGUCAGCAUUUGACGCUCUCAAGGAGCCCGGCACCCAGACUAGACAGACCCUUGGGCCUGAGGAGCUGACUUCCAUGGUGGGGUCAACGAAUGGCUCGGAUAAAGACACACCGCAUGUGAAGAAACGACACCGGAGAAUGAAAAGCAGCGGGGUGAAGAAUGGUGAUGAUGAUGGCGAGAGCGCGACGUCGUCAGAGUUCACGAUAGUGAGCCUGGAGGGCAAGAGAUGGCGCUGGGAGGUGGGGGGCGCGGGCGGCGCGGCGGCGGCCGAGCGCGACGCGUGGGUCGCCGCGGUGGAAGCACAAAUACUAGCCUCGUUGCAGGGACGGACGUCCCGACAGCCGGCCCCGACCGGCGCGAACUCGACGGGCGACGUGCGCGCCACCUACUACAUCCGGCGCGUGCGCGGCAACGACAAGUGCUGCGACUGUGGCGCCCCAGACCCAGACUGGGCGAGCCUGAACCUGGGCGUGUUGAUCUGCAUCGAGUGUUCCGGGAUACACCGCAACCUCGGCUCGCACAUAUCCAGGGUGCGCUCGCUCGACUUGGACGAGUGGCCUCUAGGCUACGUGAGCGUGAUGGUGUCGCUGGGCAACGCGCUGGCCAACUCGGUGUGGGAGGCGGACCCGCGCGGACACAUCAAGCCCAUCUCCAGCUCCGCCCGCGAGGAGAAGGAGCGAUGGAUCCGCCUCAAGUACGAGCGCCGGGCCUUCCUCUCCGCCACGGACGUGGCCACCGGCGCCGACGCCCUGCGAGCCGCCUCUACCCGCGGCGAUGUGGGCACUCUGGCCCGGAUCCUGGCCGCGCCGCCGCCGCGCGCGCCCGCCCCGGUUGAGAGAUCACUGGCGCUGAGGGCAGCGGCUGCUGCAGGGCACUUGGCCGCCGCUCAGCUGCUUAUAUGGCACAACGGCAACCCGAACUACCCGGACAACGACGGGCACACGUGCGUGUUCUACGCGCGCGCCGCCGCCAACCACCUGUCGGGCAUCCCCACGCAGUACCCCAAGACGCUGCAGCUCACCUGCCCCCUGCACCCCGCGCCCCCGCCUCCCGCGGCCCCGCACUCGGGGACCAACUCAACCAGCUCCACAUCGUCAACUAAGAGCAACAUCAAGAACCCUGAACCGGAGUGCAAUUGUAUAAUCUUUGAGCUGCUCAAUGCACAGAGCGCGUCGAACGCCCUCGUUGAGCUACUCAUUGGGCUGCAGAAUAACCAGUACAUGAAUACCACGAAUGGGUACGAUUUGAGCCUCAAUUCCGGUAUCUCUAGCUCGUAUAGCCACGGCACGUUGGGACGCGCCUCGCUCGGGCCGAGCCUGUCUUUGACCAACGGGAAAUGCGGUAGCGGCAGCAUUGUUUGAAUACUGAUAGAAUAACAAUAUAAAUUAUGAAUUUAGAAUUUGACAGCUAUUAAGUGUAAAAUGAUUUGGGACUCAUACGAAUGAAAUUAAGGUAAAAUAUUGCGAAAUUAAAAUUUAAACGUUUUGACUGAAAGCGAGAGAUAACUUCGAUGUUAUUGUAGUUACCACAAUAUAGUUUGAGCAUUUUUAGCGUAGUAAGUUUGGUAAAUAGUAAUUAAUUUAUAAUAUUUAUUAUGCUGACUUAUGUAAUGCGUUCAUUUUGAUAAAUGCAUCUAGAUAAUUUUACACUUUGUUCGAUUCAUAAAGACAAGGGCAAACGUUGUUAGUUAAAUUAAAAUUCACACGUGUUUCAAAAUGACUGUCAAUUUAGAGAGUUAACUUUAGUAAAUACAUGAUUCCUGGUUUAAACAUAUCCACAGUAAAUAGUUCAAAUGUUUUAGGAAAAUGUGCUUUUUGUGUAGGCAAUAUAAUAAUAAACAAAGCUUGUAAUAGCUUCUUAUCGGACAAACCCCUUGUUUCCCCUAAACUGUAGUUGUAGACAUGUGGAAAGUUCAAUCUUCAGGCAGAGCGUUGUGCCAAAUGUGUCUAUCUCGUAGUACCAAGAGCCACCACAAGCAGUCACGCACGCAACGAUUCAAUGUUUGAUUAGUUAAAAUAAAUUAAUAAGUAUACGUAAAUUAUCGACUUAGGUGCAAGAUCUCAGCUCAAGGCUAUUUUAGGGUAAUUCUUAGUAGUGGUAAUAUUUAAGAGUUAAUUUCGCUUGACCCACUUUCCCUUGGGUUGUUUAAAGUAAUUGAAAAUAAUUUGAAUUCAGUCUCUCUCAACAUUCCACUGUAUAAAUGUUUAGUUAUUUGAAACCCAAGGGUAAUAGUUGAUGUGAUAUUUGUAAGGUUUUCCCGUACGAAGCCAAAUGUACUGAACCCUUCUGUGCCUACUGUAGUUAGUUUACGCUUUCCCCUCGACCACAGGCCGAAAGAAUAUGCACUCUAAAGUCUAAAAUCUUAUGGCCUAUUGUCGAGUAAUUACUUCGUGGUACAAUAUGCAACUAUGUAUUGUAUUUAGGGUAGACGUUGUUCAGCAAGUUUAGAAAUUAAAAUAUUGUGCAAUUUCCCCUGAAUUGUAAUUUCAAUUGGAAUUCUCUUGAGUAUCUCAUUUCAUUGAUGUAUUGUCAUAAUUACUAAUUUCUCUAUAAUCAAUAGAUAGUUCAGUUUUAGAUUCCAUUUUUCUUGUAUCGAUUGUUUAAUAAGUGUUUGUGUAAAAUUUUAGUAAUAAAUCUUUUACCGGGAUCAGUAUUCAAUUAUUGAUGUAUAAACUGCACGAAAAAAUUACUGCACAUGUUUUUUCUGUAAGUAUUUUAAUUUUAUUUUGACUAUUUCUCUGAAUAGUUUGCUGUUGAAAUUUUAUUAAUAUUUUUAAAUUUUCGUUACACGUACAUUGGUUUACGAGUUUAUUUUGACUUUUUGAAAAGUUUCAUUGUAUAUUUUUGUGUAUAUUUUGAUUUAUUGUAAAGAUUACUUUGUACAGGCCAAAGAGCUUAAAUUUUGUAAAUACUUUAUACUUGAAGCUGAUGGGACUCAGCUGUUCUUUUAAUUACUGUCUUUUCGUUAAUGUAUUUUUAAGAAAUUUGUUGAUGUUCUCGAUCUUGUGAAAAUAAAAUAAUGAUAAAUACA